AUGAUCAAACUUUCAGAGGAAGGAUUACGGGACAACCAGUACAGUCCCGACGAUUACAUUGCCCUUAAAAAUCUCCAGUCUGAUGUUCCAGAGAAGAAAUCUGACUUCACUGAGGGGACUCUGGCAUCUCAGAACACAAAAAUGAUUUCAUCCAUAGUCAUUUCACAGCUGAUUGAUGAGAAUAAAUCAAAAGAAAAUGGGGCCGAGUUGCCUGUGCCGUGUGCGUAUCCCAUGAAGCUAUCGCUGGCUAAUCGCAGCGGAGUCACUAUUAGCAGGGCCUUCGAGUUCCUUCCCGGUAGACCAGGAAUUCAGACGCCGGCGGGGGAGCGAGGACCUGCGACAGAGACGCCGCGCAAAGAGGAGAAGCCGUGCGGUGGCUCCCAGAAGGGCUUUGCUUCCAUCACCAUCACGGCCAGGCGCGUGGGGCCCCCUGCCAGCACCCUGGUGUGGGAGGCUGUCGGGGACCCGCUCUGCAUCAAGUGCAGGACCCAGGAUACUCUGCUUGGGGACCCCUCUGCUCUGGCUGGUGGUGCCGAUCCAAGUCGGCACCAUGGACCUUUCACCUGUACAGAAUUCUCCAGAGACAGCUCUGUGAUGGGGCUGAAGGUCCCUGAAGCCCACGCACGGCUGUGUGAGGGGCACGAGUACUGGAUCACCAAUGUGGACAGCAGGGAGGACCAUUUUUCUCCCAGCACCCCACGGUCNGGAAAGAGCCCGCUGGUGUUCAGCUCCUGUGUCCAUCUCAGAGUGUCUCAGCCGUGUCCAAAUUCUGUCUACUACCUGGACAGGUCCCUGUCUGUCCCCAUUGAGCCACCUCGACUUGCUGGCCCUAAGAUGCACAGGUCCGUUCUGUCCCUCAACCUAAAUUGCAGUUCACACAGAUUGACACCAGAUGGAGUAGAUGGCACAGCUAACGGAGAGCCAAUAAGCAGAGCCCUGAAGCUGGAGCUCACGGAGGGAAACCAAAACCUCCUAGGCCCUCGCUGGAACCUAGAUUUGCAAGAAAGUUUCUUGAAGGAAAACCCGUCGUUGGGGCGGGUACAUUUGGGGACCGCGGGAACCGGCAUGUGUCCUUGGAGAGUCUCUCCUCCACCGGAACAUACAGAUGCGGGAAGUAACCAGAUCACUGUGAGAAAAGGGAAGGAGGACCGUGCAGCUCAUUGUCACACCGGUGGUCAUGGUCACGCCAAGCAGCUGUCCAUUCACAUCCCGGGCUGGAGCUACACGGCAGUAGAACCAAAAGUAUUUUCUGGAAGCCGCGAGAAGCACCAGGAAGGAGCACAUGUGACUGUGUCUGCUCCCCCAGUGGAACGGAAGCUGGUUAAAGAUCCCCUUCCUGAUGGGUCUAGCUCUCCAAGCAACAGCUGUCAGUCUAGUGACCUCUCUGAACCUGCAGAGAGGCAACAGCAAAGCCUCCCGAAACUCAGCAUCCCUUUACCUGGGUCCCUUUGCCCCUUCCAAGAUUUAUGCACAUCUCUGCAGGAAGACCACGGUGUUCAGAUAGAAAGAGAGUUCCUGGAAGGAGAUUACACGUGCUGUGACUUGGUUGUUAAAAUAAAGGAAUGCAAGAAGAGUGAGCAGCCCACCACACCCGAGCCCGAGCCAGCACCCACUGAGCCAGAAACCCCCCAGGGACCAGAGACCCACGACCUGCCAGAAGACUGUUCCAGGAGCCCGCAAAUGCCCGCAAGCUCCUUGACCUUGCAGGAGGCCCUGGAAGUCCGCAAACCUCAGUUCAUUUCUCGCUCGCAAGAACGUCUGAAGAAGCUAGAACACAUGGUACAGCAGAGAAAAGCCCAGCAGAAGGAGAGCCUGGGCCAGAAGCAGAGUGUCCUUCCUGUCCGCGCCAAUCAGAGGCAGUUCACCGUUCCCCACCCUCUUAGCGAUAACUUGUUCAAACCGAAAGAAAGGUACAUUUCAGAGAAGGAGAUGCACAUGCGAUCUAAAAGAAUCUAUAAUAACUUGCCGGAAGUUAGAAAGAAAAAAGAAGAACAAAAGAAAAGGGUGAUCUUACAGAGUAACAGACUCCGGGCCGAAGUCUUCAAAAAGCAAUUACUGGACCAGCUCCUUCAAAGGAACGCAGUCUAA